CUUCCUUGGUAGGGAUGCCGAGUUCAUAAACGUCAGAAUCAGUAAACUAAUUUAUUAAAAUUCAGAUCAUUAGUGUUAAUACUGUUCAUUUCAUUUCUAACCGUCAUUAGUUUAUCAUAGUUGCUGUUAGAAUAGGAAAACAAGUUUACAAUAAAUAGAAUAUAAAAAUUAAACCAUGACUAUGGCAUCCAAACAAUUGAAAUUCGGGACUUUUUUAACGAUUUUAGUAGUUUUAAUUGCAUUAUUUUUUAGACAUAAUAAUGAUGAAUUACAAAUUCGAGUCACAAGAGUACUUCACGGUUUAGAAAAUAUUGAAACAAAAAAUGAGAUUAAAGUGCGACCGAAAGUAGCAAUAGGUUAUGGAGCAUGUACUGAUGUUUUCAUUGAAGCAAAAUAUUUAUUACACUACUCUUCAGAGAUUGAACCUCCAGAACAUUUUGACGAAAUCAGCACAUACGAAGAGUUGAUGAAAAGUUUUGCGUAUUAUUUUAGACAUGGAGCUGCUUCUGAACGAUAUAUGAACAAUGAGAAACUUUUUGAUGAAUUAGUAAAAAAAGCUAAAUCAUUUCCAUCAUCUUAUUCAGCCAUCGGUGGAAAUGCUCCAAUAAUGGCAAUGAGAUUUGCCAAAGAAGGCUGCGAUGUAUUAUUAGCUUCAAAAAUGACUCGAUCUUUAAAGAUAAUGAUCCCUGAUAGUAUUCAGAUUGUCGGUGGUGACGCUGAUAGGGAUGAUGUGCAUUUAAUUUUAGAAUAUAAACGAGGAGAAAAAUGGGGUCCUUACACUACUCCUCGUGCUAAUAGAUUUAUAAUUCAUAAUGAUGCCAAUAACCCAACGAUUAGCUCAUUAGAAUAUUUCGAUAAUUUACUGCCAGAAUAUAAGCCUGAUCUAUUUGUAGUAAGUGGUAUUCAAAUGAUGGACAGUUAUCCAUUUGGUAAAGGAAUCAGAAGUGCAAGAAUUGACAAAAUAAUGAAUCAAAUGAUUAAUCAAGCACCAACGACAAAAAUUCAUUUUGAAAUGGCAUCAUUUGUAGAAAAAGAUUUACUGGUUGAACUCCAAACCAAGGUUUUACCAUUUGCUGACAGCCUAGGAAUGAAUGAGCAAGAAGUUGCUAAUUUAUAUCAUUCCAUAAACUAUGGGAAUGUUUCAUUCGUGGCUGAUUCUACACCAAGAGUUGCUACUAUUCUUGAUUAUAUGAGAGUUUUGUUUAAACUUAUACGUACAAAAAGUAUGCAUGUUAAACAUGCGCGAGAUUUAACAAGGAUUCAUGUCCAUACUUUAGCAUAUCAAGCUAUUUUAACUGUAAAAAAUUCCAAAUGGAAAAACACUAUGGCUGCUGCUGCUAAAGCAUCCCUUGUUGCUCAUCGUCACGUUUGUGGAACGUCUAUCAUUGAUGUCAAUAAAGCAGCUUUAAUAAUGGAUGAAAGUUUUACGACAUCUAAAGUCUCAGGGAAAAGAAUACCACUGGAUAUAGAGAAUCCAGUUUCUUGUUGGGAUGAAAUAUUGAAAGCAAACACAACGGAAUAUACAGUAGAAAUUUGUGUGGCUCCAGUACUUGUUUGCACUGAAGCAAGUCAGACUGCUGGAGGUGGAGAUAACAUUUCCAGUGCAGGUUUAGUUCUUCAGAUCUAAUUACUCUUCUAUAAUGAUAAAAAACUGAGAUAUCAACCAAGAAAUAUGUGUUACAAUUAAUAUUAUGUUAAUGUUGAAAUUUCUUUAAUAGCAUUCCUGAUUGUGUAAAUUUUAAUAGUUAAAUUAGAGAUAUUUUAAUAGAUCAUUCCAGAUGUAGACUGAUAAUUUAAAAAAUUGAUAAAACAUUUUUUAUCAAUAGUGAAGCAAGAUACAACAGCCUUAAGAUCUAUGUCAAAUAUUUCGAUCAAUUUUAUAAAUUGUAUCGUAAGCGUGCCAUUAAUAUUAAUUAAUGAAUUAAUUUACCAAUAAUUAAAUUACAUAAAUUACUAAAGUGAACUACAUAUUUAUCUAUUUCGAAAACAUUUUCCAUGAAUUAAGGUAUAGAACAGACAUUGUGAUAAACUGAUAUAAAAUAACUGAUAACACAUUUCUCCAUUGUAUAUCAAUACUUUCAGGCCUUAAUUAAAUCAGGAAACAUUAUACUAAUUUAUUAUCAUCAUUAAUCUUGUAUUAAUGAUCAACUAUUUCAUAAUAACACAUUAAUUGUAAGUAGCUGUAAGUUAUAGGUUUAAAAAUAAUUUUAAUUAGUCACGUAAUUAAAAAAACUAUUUUACUUUUCAAAAAGUUCUAAUUAAAGAAAAACGCAACUGUACAAUCAACUGUAACUUAAAUUGAUAUAUUAAAAUGAUUUGUUAUAUUUGAGCUUUAAUAAUUGAUCGGUAAUAAUUUAAGUCAUCAACAAAUAACGAAUAAUAUAUUAUUCAUAAUUAAUAUGCUGUUUUUAAUUAUAAAUAAAAAUUAUAUUAAAUCUAUCAAAACUUACACAACUUAAUAAAUAAAUUUAUAAGAAAUAAGAAAAAAAAUUAAAUUUAAUUAUCAAAAUGCAUUUGUUUAUAAUAAGGAAAAAAGUGGGAGUGCCUAUUGUUAAUUAUUAUCUGUAUAUUUGAGUGUAAUCUAUAGUUUUCUGUAAUAAUUGGGAAAUUUAAAUCCAUGUCAAUUUAUAUAUGUAUACCUGUUGGACGUAAUUCACAAUUGAUAUGUAAUGUAAAUGUAAAAUGGAUUAUAUUUGAUGCUUUAAUUUAUUAUCUAUUGACCUAAAAGCAGCCUAAAAAAGUUAAAAGCAUUUAAAAUUUUACAAAUAUAAAAUGGAUGUUACAUC